AUGUCCGACGACGAAGUCGACCAUGAGCUGCUCGAACUUCUAAGACAGUCGCUUCUUGGACCCAAGCCGCAACUCGAUGACAUCGGAUCCGAUACGAAGGUGUUGCGACAUGCAGAAUUUAUCUAUGACAAUAGUAUUGAUGUGAAUGUUGAUGCUCGCGGCACCAGAGCUGCUGCCCGUCUGAUCUGGGAGCAGAUGCAAGAGCGCAGCUACAGCACAGAGACUUGGUCUGAACAUGAUUUGCAUCCAAAAGCAAAGGACGAAGCCACUCUUAACUUCAUCUUCAUCAUGGACCUUCUGAACUUCAGCUUCUGGAGCGAAAGAUCUGAGAACGAAAGAUAUGCUGUCGAGUACCGUGGUAAGACGUGGACUGGCUACUGGAGUCUGGUAGCUUGUCUGCAAAGGGCUCUUGAGGAGGACAUCCCCAUCACAACUCCUUCCUUCUAUGCCGAUGAGAUAGAAUGUCCAGAGGAGAAAAUUGCAUACGUUUUCCGUUCGUCGACCGAAGAGGCAAUACCUUUACUACAGGAGAGAAUCCAGUGUCUUCGGGAAGCCGGUCAAGUCCUCGAAGAUAAAUUUGACGGCAGUGUUGCCAACCUUGUUGAAGCAGCCAAUCAUAGCGCCGGCAAACUCGUCAACCUCCUCGCUCACCACUUUACAUGCUUCCGUGAUGAAUCCACGUUCGAGAAGCGUACGGUUCGCAUCAUGAAAAGACCACAAAUCCUUGCGGCCGACAUCUGGGCUGCUUUCAAUGAAGAAAGCUAUGGUGAAUUUACCGACAUUGACAGUAUCACCAUGUUUGCUGAUUACCGCGUACCACAAAUUCUGCACACACUAGGCUGCUUAACGUACAGUCCACCUUUGGAUAGCACAAUCCGCACACAGCAACCAAUCGCCCAUGACUCUAGCUAUGAGGUACAAUUACGUGGCUGCAGCAUCUGGACCGUGGAAAUGAUCCGCAGAGAGAUUGCAAGGAACAAUCCAGGUGCCAAAGUUAAUGCCAUCUUGAUCGACUUCUUCCUGUACGAUCUGGCCAAGGAAAAGGAAAAGGCUGGUGAGCCUGCCAUCCCUCAUCACCGGACAAGAAGUAUCUGGUAUUAA